AUGUGUACUGCUAGCGAGCUGCCCGUCUAGUCAGCUAAGUUUGUGCUAGCUUUUUAGCCAGCUAUGUAGCACUUGCAACUAACCGGUUGUCAGUAUGACAUGUUAACAUGUGUUGUAGCCUUUAAAUGUCGAGAAGGUGACCGAUGGGAUGUAAAGUGUAGAAUGAGAAUUGUAUUAAACUAUUGCUUAAAUGUCCUGAGGACAUUUCAUUUAGAUCUAAUUAGAGGUUGUUCUACCUAGAGGGUUUAUGGCUAAAGCUAGCCAAAUGGCUGAAUUACUUGGAGGCAACUGUACAUUUGCUGCAAUAGCAAACGUCACCCAAUCUCUGUUAGCAAGCAAAUCCUGUUGCAAUUUAUGUUAUUUCAAUAGAGGUGAGUAUCUCACAGAAUCCAUCCACUUGUCAUGUUUUCGGCAGAGUCUGCUCGAUAGGUUUCCUCCAUCUUCGUGUAACGAUAUGUUUCUUAGCUUGCGGGCUAAUGUUAACUUGUCUCCAACUUAUUUCCGACCAUUCGCAUCACGUGAGUUGACACACGGAACUUGUUCACCUUAUUUCAUUUCUCGGGGUUUUGAAGUAAAGGGCUUAGGCCAGACAUUUUAUAUAAGUUAUGCUUUGCAUGUGUGGUUUGAUAGAGGGUCUUCACAUCGUGGCCAUAAUUGGUCAGUUUUUGUUUUCCACAUCGUUUCGAUUUCGAGCCUAGUUAGUGUAUUGGCCGAGUAGCUCGCUUUGCUACCCACGUAUUGUAGAGCACGACAUCCCACAUCUGUGGUUACCGGGCUAACUUGAGCAAGAUAGCUGCCAACGUUGUAGGGAGUAAUUUCAUGGACGACGAACAUUGAGUUUAAAAUGGUUGGAGGCCCUGACACGUCUGUGACACAGUGUUAGCCUACACUUCCCUUGGACCACCAUGCCUCUGUACCGGAGCACAUCAGGUUCCAGGCCUCGUUUGGAUUAGAGGGGUACAGCACAGACCAUGAAUCUGCAUCAGGUCCUGACCGGGGCAGUGAACCCUGGGGACAACUGCUUUUCCGUGGGCAGCCUGAACAAUGUGCCUUUCACUGCCUAUGCCUCCGGCUGUGAUAUUGUAAUUCUGGGCAGUGACUUUGAGAGGCUUCAGAUCAUUCCAGGAGCCAAGCAUGGAAACAUCCAGGUGGGCUGUGUGGACUGCUCCCAGCAGGGUGGCCAGAUAGCAGCCUCCUAUGGAAACACUGUGUGUGUGUUCGAGCCAGUCCCACUACUGAAUCCUGAGAAGACUCAAACGCAGAGAUUUGGCUACCAGUGGCAGAAGAGUGGGCAGUUUGUAUUGCAGUCGAUUGCACAUAACCUGGCAUGGAACCCGGCAGGCAUGCAACUGCUGACAGGCUCAAGCAGCCUCCAGCUCUGGUCCAAUGAGAGUCCCCCCUGGGGGCCCACGGAGGAGGGGCCCCGCCCCAGCACUGAAGGCCACAGCUCGUGGACAUGCAUCUGGCAGUGCAAAACGGCCUCCUCCAUCCACUUCCUGAAGUUCUCACCUGGAGGAGAGUUCUUUGCUACGGCUGGUCAGGAUGACUGCUUGGUGAAGGUGUGGUACGGCACCAGCAGCUGGCAGUGGGAUGCUGGCAAGCUCUUCACCCCACCAGAGCAGAGCUCUCUGGGCGGCCUGGACUUCUCGUUCAUCUACCUGGCCCACCCCCGCUCCGUCACCGGCUUCUCCUGGAGGAAGACCAGCAAGUACAUGCCAAGAGGUGCGGUGUGCAACGUGCUCUUGACCUGCUGCAAGGACAGUGUGUGUCGUCUCUGGGCGGAGACACUGUUGCCAAGUGACUGCUUGCUGUCUGGACUCAAGCACAAUAACCCUGGCAACCACCAGCACCAUGGCGACCCCAACCGGCUGGCCAGGGACAACAAGAAGCUCCCAGCCAAUGGCAGAUCACCAAAUCCAUUAGAGCUGAACCUGCAGGAGUCGUGGGGGGGUUCCCAGCGUGGCGUUCUGGCCCACACCAGCCCCCUCCCACAGCAGCAGGGGAAACACUACAGCCACAAACCCACCCAGGCCCACGCCAACGCCCUCUGCCACUUCCACAUCGCAGCCAGCAUCAACCCUGCCACAGAUAUCCCGCUGCUGCCCUCCAUCUCGUCUCUGAAUGGCACGGAUGAGGAGGAGCCGGGCGGGCCCUUCACGGUGCACUGGCUCAACAACAAGGAGCUGCAGUUCACUCUGGCCAUGGAGGUGCUGCUGCAGAUGCUCCGCAGUGCCCAGGACAACAGCCCCAGUGGGGUCAACACCACCGACAACUCAGAGCCCUCGCUUCUGGAGGACGGCCUCGGGAGCGGUGGCCUCGGGAGCGGUGGCCUCGGGAGCGGUGGCGGCGGCGGCCAGUCUCCGGCCCAGACGGAGGCGGGGAUGGACGUGGUGGCCAUGGAGCAACAGGUGGAGCUGCUCCUGGAGGACUGGAACAGCAGCGCAGACAUGCUCUACAGCAUCCACCCCACCGACGGCUCGCUGCUGGUCUGGCACGUCGACUGGCUAGACGAGUACCAGCCCGGAAUGUUCCGCCAGGCUCAGGUGUCAUUCGUGUCCCGCAUCCCCGUGGCAUUCCCGACGGGCGACGCCAACUCGCUGAGCCGCAGCGUGGUCAUGUACGCCUGCAACAAGAACGUGGACCUGGCCAUCCAGCAGGGCCGGCAGCAGCAGCAGCGUCCGUCCGGCGGAGGUCUGCCUCGCUCCCCCUCGCUCAUCUCCUGCUACGGCCUGGGCAAGCCCACCUCCUGCUCCUCCUCGUCCGGCUCCGUGGGCCUGCGCCUCAGCAUCUUCACGCCCAGCGUGCUCAUGAUCUCCAAGCACGCCGACGGCUCGCUCAACCAGUGGACGGUGAGCUUCGGCGAGGACUCGGCCUUCUCCACGGUGCUGAGCGUGUCGCACCGCUCGCGCUACUGCGGCCACCGCUUCCACCUCAACCACCUGGCGUGCCACUCCCUGCUGCCCCUGCUGCUCACCACGUCCCACCACAACGCCCUGCGCCCGCAGCAGCCCGCCAACGCCGCCGCCGCCGCCACCGCCACCCUCAGGCCCGCGCCCGCGCCCGUGCCCGCGCACCCCAGCAGGGGCUCCUCGCUCAGCGCCCCCCCGCAGGACGCCAACGCCGUCUACAGUGAGCUGAUCCUGUGGAGGGUGGAGCCCGUCGGGCCGCUAUCCUUCUCUGGGGGCGUGUCAGAGCUGGCCAGGAUCAACUCUCUCCACGCCUCAGCCUUCGCCAAUGUGGCCUGGCUCCCCGCACUCAUCCCCAGCAACUGCCUGGGUCAGUACGGCAGUUCUCCCAGCGCCUGUUUCGUGGCGAACGAUGGGCAUUCUCUGCGCUUGUAUCAAGCUGUCAUUGAAGCUAAGAAGCUGCUUAGUGAAGUCUCCAAUCCAGACAAUUCAAAAUCUGUAGGAGAAGCAUUCAACAUCAUCAGCCAGCAGUCCACUGCCCGACCAGGCUGCAUCAUCGAGCUGGACGGGAUCACAGACUUUCAGGGGAAGCAGACGCAGCUGCUGCACGUGUUCGAGGAGGACCUGAUCCUGGGGAACCAGAGGCCCGAUGAAGAGCCACAGGAGACGCCACCCACAGACUCUGCCUGUGGCCAGCCGGUGUUCUCUGCCAGGUUCUUCCUUGUGGUGAUGGAGGCCAUGCCCACCGGGAGGUCCCUGCUGCACAUGUGGCUCCUGCAGGUGUCCGCUGAACCCGUCUCCUCAGGCGGCGUGUCCACUGGCGUUGGGCGAGACCAGAGCGGCUCAGGGUCCAGCUCAGAGAUGUCCGGCUGUCCCGCGGGGCCCCAGCGGAGCGGAUCCAUCCCCUGUGGCCUCCACAGCGCCUGCCGUCUGGCCCUGCACAGCACUCGCGUCUUCAGCCAGGAGCUGGAGCUCCCCUCCGGCGUGGAGGUCAUCACAGUCACACCUGCCGCAGGACACUUGAGCUCCUCGUCUCUUCAGCCGGCCGGUCGAGCGCCCUACCUGCUGGCCACCUCCUGCUCCGACGGCCAGGUGCGCUUCUGGAGGUGCGGCCUCGUGCCCGAGCCCCAGCCGGAGAGCCAGUCGGCCUACGAGUGGGAGGAGUGGCCUCUCUCGGUGGAGGAGGGCUCAGCCAAUAGCAGCGCAAUCAGCAUCCCCAGCAAACCAAGCGCGGUGUGCUGCUGCCACACCAGCCGUGUGGCCGUGGCCUACCGCGAGCCUGGGGGUCACCAGGAGGUCAGAGCCAAGGACGCCCCGCCGCUCCUAGUGAGCAUAUUCCAGUGUGAGUCCACAGGAGGCUCCCAGUGGGUGCUGGAGCAGACGCUCCAACUAGACGCCCCCACCGAGGGCGCCUGGGAAGGAAGCCUGUCCGCUGGGCCCGACGAGGGCAAACAGGGAGGCGCUGAGGAGUGCCAGUUCAGCGGUCGGAGUGCCGUUCACUUAGACUGGGUGUCUCGAGAGGAUGGCUCGCACGUCCUCACCGUCGGGGUGGGCUCCAGGCUGCACAUGUACGGGUCUCUUCUGGUCAAGCCGCCCGAGCUGGGGCUCUUCGACGGGGGCCGAGACGGGCGGCGGGACGCCUCCCGGCUGGUUCUCCUGCGGGCCGUGGACCUGGUGUCAUCGGUGGAGGGCUCGCUGCCCAUCCCGGUGUCCCUGUCCUGGGUGCGCGACGGCAUCCUGGUGGUGGGCAUGGACUGCGAGAUGCACGUUUAUUCCCAGUGGCAGCCGCCCGCCCCGGCCCGGUCUGCCAGCGUAUCCAGGGGCACGGACUCGGGCAGCGUGAGCUCCUUGGUCGCCACUCUGAAGCAGGACGGCCACACGCCUUCCCCGGUGACCUCGAGGAAGCCGCUGACGCGUUCGCUCAACAGCGUGGCGCAGAAGCUCAACGCCGGCGGCGGGAAGCGUUGCGCCGGCCUGGAGCUCUCGGCCCAGUUGGAGGACAGCGGCCUGUUCGAGGCGGCCCACCAGCUGUCCCCCACGCUGCCCCAGUACCACCCCGUCCAGCUGCUGGAGCUCAUGGACCUGGGCCGCGUGCAGCGCGCUAAGGCCAUCCUCUCGCACCUGGUGAAGUGUGUGGCAGGAGAGGUGGUCGUGCUGAAGGGGGACGGGGGCUCCGGCGGCGGCGGGGGCAGUCGGCUGCGCUCCCGGACCUUCAGCGGUGGCGGCGGCGGUGGGAGCACGGCGCGGGACGCCAAGCUGUUCCAGCGACCCGAGGCCACGUCGGACUACACGGAGAUCGAGUCCAUCCCACCGCUGCCACUCUACGCGCUGCUGGCAGCCGACCACGACUCCUCCGGCAUCACCAAAGACGAGCCGGCCAGCGUGGGGCCCGACAGCGGCAAAGGUUCCAGUCCCCGCAGCGACCCGCCCAGCACUUAUGACCAGCUCUUCCAGUCCUCCGGGGUGCCCUCCGGCGCGGACGAGCCGCCAGACCUGUUCCGUGAUGACGAAGAGGAUGAAGAGAAAGCCAAGGUGAUCGACCUGUCCCAGUACGGCCCCACGGCGUUCGGGCCGGAGCACGCCCAGGUGCUGUCCAGCCACCUGCAGCAGGCCAGCCUCCCGGGCCUCACACGCAUGGAGCAGAUGUCCCUCAUGGCGCUGGCCGACACCGUGGCCUCCACACGCACCGACCUCGGGGAGGGCCAGGGCGAGAGCCAGGGUGGCGAGACGCUGGAUGAGUGUGGCCUGAGGUUCCUCCUGGCGGUGCGUCUGCACACCUUCCUGCUGACCUCGCUGCCCCCUGCCCACCGUGCCCAGCUGCUGCACCAGGGGCUCUCCACGUCCCACUACGCCUGGGCGUUCCACUCGGAGGCUGAGGAGGAGCUGCUGAACAUGCUGCCGGCGCUGCAGAAGGGGGACCCCGCGUGGCCAGAGCUCCGGGCCAUGGGUCUGGGCUGGUGGCUCCGCAGCACCCCUCGCCUCCGCCGCUGCAUAGAGAAGGUGGCCAAGGCUACGUUCCAGAGGAACAACGACCCCCUGGAUGCAGCUCUCUUUUAUCUUGCCAUGAAGAAGAAGGCUGUGGUGUGGGGCCUCUAUAGGUCCCAGAGGAACACCAAGAUGACGGAGUUCUUCAGCCACAACUUCAAUGAGGACCGCUGGAGGAGAGCAGCGCUGAAGAAUGCCUUCUCGUUGCUAGGGAAACAACGCUUCCAGCACUCCGCUGCCUUCUUCCUCCUCGCAGGCUCCCUCAAGGAUGCUGUGGAGGUGUGCAUAGAGAACCUCCAGGACUUGCAGCUGGCGCUGGUCAUCACGCGUCUCUAUGAGUCGGAGUUUGAGUCGUCCUCCUCGUACAAGCGUAUCCUGCAGAGGCACGUGCUGGGUCACGACCCCCACCUCCCACCCCACGCCGACCCCUUCCUGCGCAGCAUGGCCUGCUGGGUACUCGACCGGUACAGCCGCGCCCUGGACACGCUCCUGGAGCAACCCACGCCAGCAGUGGACCAAUCGCAAUCCAGCGAGCACACAGCACAGCAAGGUCCAGUGGCCAUGUCUCCAUGUAACCCAGAAGUCUUCAACUUCUACACCUACCUGCGUACGCACCCCCUGUUGCUACGGCGACACCUGGGCUCACGAGAGAGGCGGGGCGGUCUGUCCACCGAGGGCCGAGAGGAGGACUCUGUCACGCUGGUGGAGCGGCGGCUCUUCUUCACCGCCGCCUACUCCCACCUGCAGGCAGGCUGCCCCCUGCUGGCCCUGGAGGUCCUGUCGCGCCUCCCCCGCACCAUCAAGCCCGGCGGCCCCCCCGGCCCAGACAGCCCCGCCCACACCCCGACCAGUGGGGCGGAGCUGAGCAGCGUGGCUGAGCCCGAUUGGUCCCAGCCCCUCUUCAAUGGCUUCGGAUCUGCCUGCGAUACGCCGUCCUCGGCCAAUCACAGCCGCUCCGACUCGGCGCUGAGCCUGGAUUGGAGCCAGCCGUCGGUCAGCAUGGUGGACGAGCCCCUGGACCUGAAGUGGGACAGUGACAAAGAUGGGGAUGAGGAAGAGGAGGAGAAGGAGGAAGAGGAUAACAAGCAGGCGGAUAUGGAUGUGAAGAAGGUGGAUGAAGCUCCCGAUCCGUCCAGCCCCGGCACCUUCCCUGACCCUUCGUCUGCCUCCAGCCCUGCCCACCCCUCCUCCUCCUCGGAGGCCGUCUCCAGCCCUGGUCCUGAGGCGCCGGCAGGCGUGGACAUCCAGGCGGCGCAGCUGAAGUUCCGCGCCUGCCUGAAGCUGCUGACCUCUGAGCUGCGCACGCUGGCCUCCGGCGGCCCUCUGGACGGGGGCCGCUUGCGCCACCAGCUGGCCGUGUGGCUGCAGCGCGAGGUGGAGGCCCUGGAGCGCUGCUGUGGCUACAGCCCCUGCGCCCCCAUCCCGGAGGGCCUCCAGGGGGACGGGGACAGCCACCUAAGCCUCUCCCCCGUCGCAGAGACCUUGUCUGGGGGAGUGGAGUCGGGCAGGGCUGGGGCGGAGGCCCAGGGCAGGAGGCAGUGGCUGCAGAGGAACCAGCAGCUGCUGCGCAUCUUCCUGAGCUACUGCAGCCUCCACGGCUCCCACGGGGGGGGUCUAGCGUCCGUCCACAUGGAGCUCAUCCUGCUGCUGCAGGAGUCUCAGCAGGAUGAGAGCGUGUGUCCCGGGGGAGUGAGCCCUCAGCCUCCUGCCACCAUCCCUCUGCUCCUGUCCUGCAUGGGCUGCUCCAGGACCGUGGUGGCCAACCCCGUGUCCCACCUGACCAGCCUCACUCACGACAUCCUGCGCACCAUCAAUGCCCUGGACUCCCCACCGCACCCCGACUCCGUCUGCAGCCAGAUCUACGUGAUGCAUGCCCUGGCUGCCUCGCUGUCCUCCUGUGUCUACCAGUGUCUGUGUGAUGGACACCCCUAUAGUCAGGUGAACGGCCUUAUGGGAACGGUGUACCAGAGUGCGCUGCACUCCCAGCAUGCACCUGGACGUGGCGUCAGCACAGAGGAGACCUUCCUGCCCAACACCCCCCCAGCACAGUGGCCAGGUGUGGGGGCGCUGGUGCGUCUCCUGAGCGUGUGCGGUGGGGAUGAAGGGCGGACCGGGCUGGGCGUGCUGCUGUGCGAGGUGCUGACGGCAGUCUUCCUCAGCCUGUUUGUGCACGGCCUGGCCACACACUCCAGUGCCCAGCUCUUCCGCGUGCUCGCUCACCCCCUCAACAGCAAGCUGUGGUUUGCCGUGUUCGGGGGAGGGGCACGCCUGCCUGUCAUCACCAUAAAUACCCCCACAGUGGCCGUGGCCCACGAGGGGGCGGAAAGGAAGCCGAAGCGUUUCCGGCUGCUCUCCUCCCGCAGUGGCUCCAGGGGGGAGGCUCCGCCCGAGAGCCCCCCCAGCCCCCGCAGCCCCCCCUCGGAGCCCCACCCCUCCAGUGUCACCGAGCGCUUCGUCCCUCCGGAGCUCAGCAUCUGGGACUACUUCAUCGCCAAGCCGUUUCUACUCCCCUCGGAGAGCAGGUUUGAGUAUGACUCGGAGGAGAGCCUCGGCAGCGAGGAUGACGAUGAAGAUGAAUACUCCGAUGCCUUCGACUCCAGCUCCCCUCAACGUGAACAUUCCAACCCCAACUCCUACAGCUGGUGUCUAAUGCGUCUGGCCAUGGUUCAGAUGGUCCUGGCCAACCUGAGGUCCUUCUACCCCAUGGCAGGCCACGAUCUGAUGGACCUCCCUGUAGGCUCUCCCCUGUGCCACGCUGUGCUCAAGACCCUGCAGCGCUGGGAACAGGUGCUCCUCAAGAGGCUGGAGAUAUUUGGAGGGCCACCCCCCAAAUACAUCUCCACCCACACCAACGAUGACAGCUCCACCCCCGGCCCCGCCCUGCUCCGCCACAAAGCUCUGUUUGAGCCCUCCAACACCCCCUUCAGGUCCCAGCAGCACGCUGCCCUGCCGGUGCGGCGCCUGUGGCAGUACCUGGUCAAGCAGGAGGAGGUGCAGGAGACCUUCAUCCGCAACAUCUUCACCAAGAAGCGCGACCAGAACGAGUCGUUUGAAGACUGCAGAGAUUAUGGGAAAUGUUCAGGCACGGAGGAGGCUAAUCCUAACCAGAUUGAGGCUGAUCUGGGCUACCCCGGUGGGAAGGCCCGCAUCAUCCACAAGGAGUCAGACAUCAUUACAGCCUUUGCCAUCAAUAAGGCCAACCGUAACUGUCUGGUGAUCGCCUCCACACAUGACAUCCAGGAGUUGGAUGUGUCGGCCAUCUUGGCCACACAGAUCCUGACCUGGAUUGACGACGAAGCAGAGAACGAGACCAAAGGUGGGGAUGAGUUUCUGGUGGUCCAUGCACGAGAUGACUUUGCUACGCUACAUGGCACUACCCCUUACACACACAGCAGCCCCGGGACGCCCAUCAAUCUGCCCUGGCUGGGCAGCAUGCAGACUGGCCGAGGGGCCGCCGUGCUGAUCAAGAGGAACAUCAACAAUGUGAGGAGGAUGGCCUCCCACCCAACACUACCCUACUACCUCACUGGGGCUCAGGACGGCAGUGUGAGAAUGUUUGAGUGGGGUCACUCCCAACAGAUCACCUGCUUCAGGAGCCCCGGCAAUUCCAGAGUGACGCGAAUACGCUUCAACUACCAGGGAAACAAGUUUGGCAUUGUGGAUGCAGACGGAGCGUUGAGCCUGUGGCAGACCAACACAACAGGAAACACACACAAACCUUUUCUGACUUUGCAGUGCCAUAACAAGACCGCUCAUGACUUUGUGUUUGUGGGCUCGUCCUCACUCAUCGCCACAGCAGGGCUCUCCACAGACAACAGGAACGUGUGUUUGUGGGACACGCUGGUGACACCAGCAAACAGUUUGGUCCAUGCCUUCAGCUGCCAUGAGACUGGGGCGACGGUGCUGGCCAUCUCCCCUAAGCAGCAGCUGCUGUUGGCUGGCGGCCGGCGGGGCUGGAUCAGCGUGCUGGACCUCACCCAGAGGCUGCAGCGCCAGAGCUUCCAGGCCCACGACUCCCCCGUCAAGGCCCUGGCCGUGGAGCCCGCGGAGGCCUGCUUCAUCAGCGGCUCCGCCGAGGGCAACAUCAAGGUGUGGAGUUUGCUGACUCAGACCCUCCUCCACAGCUUCCCCAACGAGCACGCGCGCCAGUCUCUGUUCCGCAACCUGGGCACGGGCGUCAUGCAGAUCGAGGCAGCGCCGGCCCACCAGGUGUUCUCCUGCGGUGCAGACGGCACCAUGAAGCUGCGGGUCCUCCCCGACCGCCUCAGUGUGCAGGCCAGCCGGGCCAGGAACAACGUCAAGUUCAUCAUCUAGACGUGGAUCAGGAACAACGUCAAGUUCAUCAUCUAGACGUGAAUCAGACCAAGAACAACGUCAAGUUCAUCAUCUAGACGUGAAUCAGGCCAGGAACAACGUCAAGUUCAUCAUCUAGACGUGGACCAGGAACAACGUCAAGUUCAUCAUCUAGACGUGGACCAGGAACAACGUCAAGUUCAUCAUCUAGACGUGAAUCAGACCAGGAACAACGUCAAGUUCAUCAUCGAGACGUGAAUCAGGCCAGGAACAACGUCAAGUUCAUCAUCUAGACGUGGACCAGGAACAACGUCAAGUUCAUCAUCUAGACGUGAAUCAGGCCAAGAACAACGUCAAGUUCAUCAUCUAGACGUGGAUCAGGAACAACGUCAAGUUCAUCAUCUAGACGUGAAUCAGGCCAAGAACAACGCCAAGUUCAUCAUCUAGACAUGGAUCAGGAACAACGUCAAGUUCAUCAUCUAGACGUGGAUCAGACCAAGAACAACGUCAAGUUCAUCAUCUAGACGUGAAUCAGACCAAGAACAACGUCAAGUUCAUCAUCUAGACGUGGAUGGUUCCAGAUUCCUUGGGGAAUGGAGAUCACCUGGAGUCGGCUGCUCGGCUUCUUCUGAACUGCUCUUAUCUUAAAGGUUCAUUGGCCUCAUAUGGAACCUUCUGCAGUUGAUAAUGAUCUGGACCAAAUCCAACAUGAGGGCCGUAACUGCACCCAUACGGGGGCACGGGGGCAUACACAAGGCUGACUGAGCCAAACCGCUUGGAAAAUGUCACGCUUAUUCUGUAAGCAGUGCAUUGUGGGAAGAGGAAUCUCUCAAGUUCUCCCACCAUGCAGAUCCAGUGUAAAAAGUUAGGACAAGUAUCGUAUCAUGGCAACAGGCUAUUAAAGCACAAGAUCUGAGAAUGCAAUGAUUCAGCUACCUGUAUAAGAGCCUUAAGUCAUCUGCAAUAUAAGCUGUCUAGUGGUGUAUUGUGAGUGUAGCAUAGAAUUGAACUGAUAAGUGUCCUUAUAACCUACGUAUGUUACUAGAUUAGUCGGAUCACAUGGUACGGACUGGAGCAGCUCGUCUCCGUUGGCCUGGUAAGUCUUGUGUAUGCGGUGAGCAGAUAUCAGGCGCACCAGACCACACUCUACUGAACAGCAUCUUCAACAGUCAUGUGAAAAAAGCUCAAAACAAAAAACAAAGCACUUUCUCGUUGUGGAUAGUAAUUACCUUUUAGACAAAGUAGCACUUGCACAGUUUAUCUUGUAUGGUCAUGAGAACGGAAAUCAGUGAUGUGAAAACCCCUAUGUUCUCUUAAGAUUUAUUCCUGCAUAACUAUCAACUUCUCUAGCUUUAUUAGGUGGCUAACUCCUAUACCAGAUGUGUGUGUUUUUCUUCUUUUUUUAAAAAAACAAAAAAUCUGUUUAGUAAUAUAAUUGGAUCUGCAUUUUUCCUGCUGCCAAAAAUGUAACUUAAAUAAGCAUCGUCAUUGCCUUGAGAGUUGGGAUGUUUGGAGGCUGACGUGGGGCGGGCUUAAAGCCCUUCUGUGUUUAUAAUGUAGCUGAAGCUGGCUGAAGGACUGAAACGGGCUCAGAAACCUUUUGCUUAUGAUGUGAACUCAGACUGCUUAAGAGCGCCAAUCAGUAAACUGCUACUAGAGAAAACUGUACAUUUGCGCCCCAUUUGGAGGGAAAUAAAUGAUUUAAUUUUAUGAUAAUUAUGAUUAAUAUGGUAAUUAUGAUUUAUUUAUGUAAAUAUAGAAAUAGGUAAGAACAUGCUAUGAUUGAAGAGCUAAUAACGAAUCACAGCCUGUGCGUUACAGAAAACUUUUUUUGUUGAAAAUGAGUCAUAUUUAUUACAAUAUGCCUUACAAGUUGUUUAAGGACUGGCAUGCUUUUUGAUUUUAGAAGUAUUCAAGAUUUUUUUUUUCUCCAGUUUUAUUACAUAAAUGACAUCAACCCUUCCCCCCAGCUUCCAAGCAGGAUCUAGACAGUUAAUCAUAACGAUAUUCGAAUGGCUCUGUGACAUUUACUGAAGUUCUUCAUGUGAUGGAGAGUGGGACUGCUGUGAGAUUGGAUUGUGCUUCCUGUCGCUGUCUCUGUUGCCAUGGUGAGCACAACACUACAUGACCUGGAGAACGGAGCCACAGCCCUCAUGGACAUAACAGGAAGUGACUCCCUCCCCACAUGUAGCCUCUCGUGCUUCUCCCCCCCCCCCCUUCAAUCUUACAAAUGUGAAUAUACUCAGAUAAAUCUAAUUUUAUAAGUAUAAAGAUGAUUGUAAAUCUGUCUGUAUAAUAUACAUAAAAUGUAAAGAUAUAAUAAAAUCAACUUGAUUCAACAUUAA